GAGUAGUUUUCUAUUAUGAAGUGAAUGAGUCAUUUGGGGGAGGGAGCGACUGGACUCCCAACCCAGGGUCUAAACUUGGGUUGGAAGGGUCUUCAGUCAGCUGUCGCGUGUCGCCGAGUACUUUCUGGACUUUGUAGACCGCUGAAUCACAUAUAAACCCGUUGAAAGAGCUCUAGCGACGGCAGAAAACUUCCCGAAGUUUACCAUAUGAGCAGGUGGUGCGCGUAAACUUAGGUGCGUAAUCACGCGCCUGGAGAUCUGAGGCAAUAUUUUUAAAAACUUUAUCUGUGAAAAACAAGUUAGUUUUAGCUUUUAAAGAGCUUUUAUUCGGAUACCUCAACGCGACGCUUUAAGUAAUAAAAGUUCGCCAAACACACUUUAUCCAGAGUCUUACAAUGGCAGAGGGAGAUUAUUAUACUUUGGGAAACAGACAGAGGAUUCCACGGGAUCCGUUCCGGGAACAGUCGCUUGCUUCUCGGUUUAUGGACGAUGACUUUGGACUGCCACCCUUUCCCAAUGAGUUGUCCAUGGAUUGGCCCGGCUGGGCUCGGCCUCGCCUGAGCCACCGCAUGGACGCCCCGUGGACGGGCUCUUUGCGCUCGGGCUUCCCGCGGGCCAGUAUGGGUUCCCCGCAGGGGUUCAGCUCCGUGUACACCGAGAGCCCACGACGAGCCAGCGCGCCCCCGACCGACUCUGACGAGCCGUGGAAAGUGUGCGUGAACGUGCACAGCUUCAAGCCCGAAGAGCUUAAUGUCAAAACUAAAGAUGGCUUCGUAGAGGUGUCAGGGAAACACGAGGAAAAGCAAGACGAGGGUGGAAUUGUUACCAAAAACUUCACAAAGAAAAUUCAAAUCCCAUUGGAUGUGGACCCUGUCACUGUGUUCGCCUCUCUAUCUCCGGAAGGGGUUCUCAUCAUUGAAGCCCGACAGACCCCUCCGUACUACCUCUACAGCAAUGAAAUGCCAGCAGAAUCAAUGGAAGAACCCGAGGCCAGACCUCAGGAGCCCAGCAUGACUUCAACCACAACCUUUGAAGCCAGGGAGUGAACGGGAGAUCGCGCAACUCUUAUUUGUUCCAUGCCCAUGCUACAAUCUAGGUUUAUCAGUUACAAAAAUAUACUUAAAUCAAAAAGUCAUUAAUCUGUAAGCAAAUAGUCCAUAAAUCAUCAAAAGUUACUCUACGUGAUUGGGUCAAACACAACAUCAAUGAAAAUAAAUCAGUGUGACAGAGCUAACAGUCAAGUGACAGGGGAAAUGUGCCAAAUGAAAAAUUAUAGAAGCAAAAUAAGCCAUAAACAUACUCUACAGAAGUACGUUGAUGUGAACGCAUGAUCAAUAUUGGAGUGUAUCGUAUUUACUUAAAGGUAUUCACACGAAAAUGAAAACCCUUUAGGAGAAUUUUGGAAACUGGAGGUCAUUAACAUCCAUAGAAGGAAAAUAUGGUUGUAAGUGGCUGCUGGUUCCAGCAUUCUUCAAAUAUUUUAUUUUAGAAGAUGUAAACAGGAAUGUGCUUCCCUUGACUACUUGUGAUUGAUCUACCCAAACGCAUCUUAAUACCAGGUGUAAACAGAUCUGUCACUGUACAUCAACACAAUUGAAAUUUGUGCUGCUAGACGCUUUCACUUCUGUUCUGAACAAAUGAAACCAUAAAUGUUUUAAAAUAAAUCAUGUUACUGACGUUUUUUUAAGUCAGAUUAGAUCACCGAUCAAAAUAGCUUUGUCUCAUAGCAGAAAAAGAGCAUUUUCUCUCACCAGUCAAGUUUCCAUCCUAAAGUGAAGUGAAUCUUCACAGUCUGCAAACAAAUUAAUAAAUAAAAAAAUAAAAAAUCUAGUAACCAAUAGUAAACAAGGCAAGCAUAAUUGAGACGUCUGAUUGGUCAUAGGGGUAUAAUUUUUGCUGUAUCAGAGUUUAUUCAGCAAAUGUGUUUCCAUCUUCUAUUAUUCGCCUUAAUGGUUUGUUGCGCAAAUCCACCUCAAGGGAGAGAAUGUUUAUAAAUUUAGAGAUUUUUAUUCAAAAUUUGCCCUCCAUCACUUACAGUUGAAGUCAGAAUUAUUAGCUGCCCUAAAUUAUUAGCCCACCUGUUUAUUUUUUUCCCUAAUUUCUGUUUAUCGGAGAGAAGAUUUUUUCAACACAUUUCUAAUCAUAAUAGUUUUAAUAACUCAUUUCUAUUAACUGAUUUAUUUUAUCUUUGCCAUGAUGACAGUACAUAAUAUUUGACUAGAUAUUUUUCAAGACACUUCUAUACAGCUUAAAGUCACAUUUAAAAGCUUAACUAGGUUAAUUAGGUUAACUAGGCAGGUUAGGGUAAUUAGGCAAGUUAUUUUGUAAUGAUGGUUUGUUCUGUAGAAUAUCGAAAAAAAAUUGCUUAAAGAGGCUAAUAAUUUUGACCUUAAAAUGGUUUUUAAAAAAUUAAAAACUGCUUUUAUUCUAGCCAAAAUAAAAAAAAUAUAUUAUCAGACAAACUGAAAGUUUCCUUGUUCUGUUAAACAUCAUUUAGGAAAUAUAAAAAAAAAAAUAAAAAAAAAAUUCAAAGUAGGGCUAAUAAUUCUGCCUUUAACUGUAUUUCUAAUGCGAUACUUCAAAAUCAGCAUUAACAAAAAAGGGUAACAGAAACUCCACUUCUCACUCUUAAGUGCAAUAAUGUUAGCAUAAUGGAGACAUCUGAUUAGCCACGUGGGUAUAAUUUUUGCUGUAUCAGAGUUUAUUCAGCAAAUGUGUUUCCAUUUACUAUUAUUCACUUUAACGAUUUAAUCUUUAAAUCUUUAAUCCAAACUUUAAUCCAAAACUACCUCAAGGUAGAGUAAAAAUGUUUGCGAAUUUAGAGAUUUUUAUUCAAAAUUUGCCUUUCCAUCACUUAUUUCUAAUGGAUACUUCAAGAUAAACAUUAACAAAGGGAAACUCAGCUACUAACUAUCAAGUGCAAUAAUCUUAGCAUAGUGGAGACAUCUGAUUGGUCAUUUGGUAUGAUUUUUGCUAUGUCAGAGUUAUUAUUCGCAUUGACAAUUUGACACAAAAUGUUUGUGAAUUUCAGGAUUUUUAUUUUAAAUUUGCCCUUUCCACUACUCAUUUCUAAUGCGAUUCUUCAAAAUGUACAUUAGCAAAUAGUAAUGUAAACUCAGCUACUGACUCUCAAGUGUAAUAAUGUUAGCUAGCUACUUGACUGACUGAGAAGUAUCUUUCAGCAGAAUAAAAACGUUUCUGCUUCAGUCUCUUCAGAUUUAGAGAUGUCACCACCUCUCAAAAGCCGCGGCAAUAUUUACAUUUAGCACAGACAAAUAAUGUCCCAGAUGUAAACAAUGGCUGCCUUUUAGAUUAUUUCAUCAAUUAAAAGCAACAACCUUGAUGACCAAAUAACACACAUAUCAGACGGGUCGUCUUCUUUAUGUUUACAGAAAUAUCUUGGGCCAGACAGAAUGCGCAGACUUUUUUUUUUCGCUAUUUCUGUGCAGAAUUUUGUAGAAAAUCUGCAGAUUUAUGCGGAAUGAUUUUGGGAAUAUCAUAACUAAAAACUUAAUAUAUGAAAUAAAAAAUAUACCAUUUUAACUUUUAUUUAAUGUUUAUGUAAAAUGCAAAUCCAAUUAGAUUCCCUUAACAGGUAAACAAAGCAAGUCUCUUAUAUAAUAUACCAAAAGACUGGAAAUAUUACUUUACAAACUGCAUUGUAAAUAAAUCAGAUGAACACUUUCAUAUUUGUCAAUAUUAUUACUGAAAUUAUUUUAAUAACUGAAUAAAUAUAAAUGUACACAAGUAAAUAAAUAGACUCAAUGAUAGACUAAAAAUCUGCGGAAAUCUACUAAUUUCUAUGUGGGCCUAGAACAGGGAUGGGCAAACUCGAUCCUUGAGGGCCGGUGUCCCUGCAUAGUUUUGCACCAACCCUAAGCUUUCUAGUGAUCUUGAAGACACUAAUUAGGAUGUUCAGGUGUGUUUGAUUAGUGUUGGAGCAAAACUCUGCAGGGACACCGGCCCUCGAGGAUCGAGUUUGCCCAUGCCUGGCCUAGAAUGAAUCUUUAUUUUAAGUUUAUUGUAAGUGAAUUAGACAGGUUUGAACAUUAGGAUAAAAAGUGAUUAGUUCACUUUACUUUUUAAAAGCGAAUAAACCCAUUUCUUUUAAAGCGAUUAGUUGACUUUAUUUUUAAAAGUGAGUAAACCCAUUGGCAAGUCAAUGAACUGUGCAUAAUUAUAAAAAUUAAGUCAACUUAACAGUUACAGCAGGUUUACUAGUCACUUUUUUAGAGUGAAUAUACUUAAUGCACAAUAAUCAAGUUCAUUUUUUUAAACAAAAGCAUUAAAUAAAGCAACUUUAAGAUGCUUUUUCAAAAGUUUCUCCAUCGUUUCGAUCAAAUCAAGUAGAAGAUGAUAUUGGGAAAGCACACUGUAAUAAAUGUUGGGUUCCACACAAUUUGUGUAGGGACAACAUGAAGGAAUUAAGUUAGCUUAAUAGAUUUUACAAAUUGAAGUGGAUUAAACAUAAAACAAUUAAGUUGUCCCCAAAAAAACCUCAAAUAUUGUGUUGAUUCAGCUCAUUUUAAAUACUGUAGGUAGUUUGAAUUAGCAACAAACUUAAUUCUUUGAUUGCAGCAUGUUGCAGUGAAUAUUAAUGAAUUACAUUCAAGAUUAAAUAGCUACUCUUUGUGUUGACGUACUUGUCUAAAGUGUGUUUUAGACUUUCUGUCCCUCAUUUGAACCAAAACUUGUAUUGGCCCUGAGUUCAGUUGGAGUUUCUGUUUGUAAAUUUGUCACGGUGGACUGUUUAUAUGAAGGCCUUCUCUAAAAACCAGGCCUUAAUGCUUUGAACUCCUUUUCAAGGGUUAUUUGUUGUCUCCUUUUUUCAUAUUUGUGUGAUUUCUUUCCUUUUGUGUAGGGAUGUAUGCUAUGCAUUUUUAUAAUAAAUAAGAUUUAAGAAAGCAAA